GUGAAGAAAUCUUGAAGACCAGAAAUUCCAACUUACAGAAUUUUAAAUUUUAAAAAUAUAAUAGAAUUAAAACAAAAAUUGCCCGGCUGUGGAAGACGGAGCCUCAUUUUUGCAGCCGCUUUGAUCACGAGUUCGCCUUUAAGUGCGCUGGGUUUUUUCUUUUUUUUUUUUUUUUCCCCUUUUUUCCUUUUUUCUCCUCGAAGAGCUCACUAACCCUGGCUGCCUCCGCUCUGAGAGCAUUCCAAUGGACUCGCUUCCUCCAUUAGUUGUAAGAUGUUUAAGAGCACAUCCCGUGUUUGACUUGUGGAUGAGAGGUUCCCUUGGCAAAGUGAGGAGGAAAAUUCUUUCUACCCCUUUAUUAUUAAUUCACGGAUUCAGUGUUGGUUCGGCCUACAGGAGAAGUUAACUGGAAGGCUUUGAAGAUCGCUGUCUUUGCUGAGGUUGUCCAGGGUUCCUUUUAAAAAGAAGAUUUUGCUGAUCCAGGCAGUAGAAGACGUUCAGUCCGAGGAAGCACGAGCCAACUCUUAGAGCACAGGGGACUGCAAGAGAUCCUUGGGACAGAGCUGCUUCCAAGAGCUCGCCCAGCAUGUCGAAGCAAGGAGAUGAUUGCUAUUUCUACUUCUAUUCCACCUGUAACAAGGGAGACAGCUGUCCCUUCCGGCACUGCGAAGCUGCUCUGGGCAACGAAACCAUCUGCACGCUGUGGAAGGAGGGCCGCUGCUUCAGGAAUGUCUGCAGGUUCAGGCACAUGGAGAUCGAUAAGAAGCGCAGUGAGAUCCCCUGCUUCUGGGAGAACCAGCCGGGAGGCUGCCAGAAAUCCAACUGUGCCUUUCAUCACACCAAGGGGCGUUACGUCGAUGGGCUCUUCUUACCACCAAGCAAAACCACGCUGCCGAGUCCGCCGGAGUCUGCAGAUGAUGACCUGAAGGCAGCUCAGAUAACGCUGCAGCAGAGCAAGCUUUCUGUGCAGUCCAACCCCUCUCCACAGUUGAGGGGAGUGAUGAAAGUGGAAAACUCAGAAAAUGUCCCAAGCCCUACGCACCCUCCAGUUGUAAUCAAUGCUGCAGACGAUGAUGAAGAUGAUGAUGAUCAGCUUUCUGAGGAGGGAGAAGAAACAAAAACACCUGUCCAGCAACCAGCUGAAGAAAACCAUAACGGAUUGCGGAUAAUUUCCACCAGGAAAUCUAAUGCUGAUACAAAACAAGAUGACACCUUGAAUUUUGGAAUAAAAACGCUGGAAGAAAUCAAAUUGAAGAAGCAAAAGGAAAAAACAAAAAAACAGAGCGGGCCUUCAGGAGUUCCUGCUCAUCCGCUCCAAUCUCGGGCCGUUCCUGUGCCAGAGAAGGAGAACGUGAGGACAGUGGUCAGAACUGUGACACUGUCUGCAAAGCAAGGGGAGGAGCCUGUGGUUCGAUUGAGUAUUGCUGAGAAACCUGGAAAACGGAAAGCCUCUGUAGCUGAUGUCAGUGGCUUCCCGCUGAAGCGCAGCCUUGCAGAAAGGCUGGGGAAGAAGAUCGAGGUUGACAAAGCACCAAGGAGAGAGAAGGGUGCCAAGCCAGCAGCAGAGAUCCACGUGAAAACGCUGGAGGAGAUCCGUCUGGAGAGAGCUAACCAGAGGGGAGAAAGCCCAGCUGCCCCCCAGGCAGAGAGCUGCUGCAGGGCGGAGGAUCCCAGCGCAGGGGGGAGGCCUCCUCCUGUGGGUCGCAUCAAAACCUUCUCGGAAGCCCUGGCUGAAAGGAAACACAAGCGACUGGAAGAAGAGAAACAAAAAGGAGAAGAGUUGCUCACUGAGAAGAGAGCUGAGGGCGAGCGCAGGAAGCAGAGAAUUCUGCCUCCAUCGGUGCCUGGUAAAGUGAAAUUGGAAGAGCCAGCGCGUAAAAUCAAGCCUUUGGAAGAAGUGCAUAUUAAAACCUUGGAAGAAAUCAAGCAGGAGAAAGCUCUGCGGAUGCAGCAGAGCGGGGAAAACGUUUCAGCUGCAGCAGCACAGCCUGGGCCUCCCCCUGCAGGGAGGAAGCUGUUGCGGAUCACAAAGCUAGCAGCACCUGGAAGAGAAGAGAAGAAGGCUGUGGAAUUGAGCAGGGCUUCUCCCAAAGCUGUUUCUGCACCUGCAGAGCCCUCGGAUCAGAGCACACCAAAUUCUAAAGCUCAAGUGAAGAGCCUUGAGGGGACAAUAAAGGAGAAGCCGCAGCUGAGACAGCCAGACAAGCUGAAGAAGGAAGUGGCUGCUGUGCCACCUGCUGCUGAAGAAACAGUCAAAGCCAAGUGCAAGGCGAGUGCGAAGCCUGCAGACAGCAAAGCCGGCGCCCCCUCAAAGCGGGCGCUGAAGAGGAAGGCGGCUGAGAUCUCUCCCUCUGCUGUGGCAGCUGUGAAACCUCUGAGUAGUGCUGGAAUUGAGGAGCCUCCAGCUAAAAAAGCAGCUCUGACUGCUGCUCCAGCCCUGCCAGAUGACAGCCUGCUCACCAAGCCUGGCGCAGAGAAACCCCCCAGCAGCCUUGAACUGCAUCGGGGGAGCCAAGCAGACCAUGGGGAGCAGUCGGAGCACUCGAGUGCAGCUUCAGCUUCUUCCCAGUCGGUGGCCAAAGCGCAGCAGCUGAGCUCCACGGGGGCUGGGAAGGCGCCCUUGUCUGUGGAGGAUGACUUUGAAAAGCUGAUCUGGGAAAUCUCAGGAGGGAAACUGGAAGCAGAAAUUGACUUGGACCCGGGGAAGGAUGAGGAUGACCUCCUUCUUGAACUUUCUGAGAUGAUUGACAGUUGAACUGCACAGUCUUAUGGUAUAUAAAAAAAAAUUAAAAAUUUUUUUUUUUUUUUUUUUUGUUGGAUGCCCCGGGUGAUACUUUUUCUGAAGGAGGCUUCACCGUGAGUCUUAAAGCACAGUUGAACUGGUAGAAAUUGGCAGCCUGCAUUCCGUUGUCCUGAGUUUUCCUGCUGGUCAGAGCUGAGGUCCUGCGUGUCCAUCAUUCCCUGAUCCUGGUUGGCUCCUUUCAGCAGCAAGAGGAGAAAGCAGCUCUGACUCAGCCCUGAGGGCGUCCAGCUGUGCUCUGCGCUGGCUGCCAAUUGAUCUGAUCCAGGGAUGCUCUGAAGGCUUAAAGCUGAAGCUUCUUCCUUCCUCCUCCCUUGGCCGUGCUCAGCGUGGGGAGCAGCUGGAAGCUUUGCUGUUCCUGUUUCUUGGGAGCUGCCGUGUCUCUGGAGUUCUGCCGGCUCUUGUUCCGUUUGUGUUUGCUUUUGUUUUGACUUGAAUCCCUCAAGGCAACUUCAUGACGGCGGAGGGCUGGGAGGGAGCAGAAUUAUUCUGGUGUUUUGGACCAAACGUGCCACCGAGGCUGGGGGCUCCGCGCUGCCUCCCGGUUCUCAGCAGCGAUGCGGCAUCAGUGUGAGAAGGAGCCGCGCGCUGCAGUGCGUUGCUCUCGCCCCCUUUUUUUAAUCGUACUUCCGACGCGUUCUGGUCGGAGCCGGGUGCCGGGGCGAGCGGCCUGCGUUCCUCUGCUCCGCGGCAGGUGGGGCUGUCGAGGAUCGGCGGCGGCGCCUCUGGGCUCCCGGAGCUGCUGUAUCCGCGCGCUGUGCGAGGGCAGCAGGGAGCGACGUGCGGCUGUGGCCCUGCGGGACGGCUGUGCUGCUGCCCCGCUCUGCUCCGUGUUUUCCCUCGCAGAUAACUUCGGGAUUAUUUUCUUAACUUGUAGCAGAACUUCAGGCUUUUCCUACUGUGACGUGUGAUGCCGCAGGGGCUCCCAGGCGUUUGCUGCCGGCAGAGGCGUUUAUUGUAAAUACUUUAUUUCUGUGCUGUGCCGCCCCGCAGCGAUGCUCAGCUCAGGUGAGCGGAGCGCAGCCGGCCGGGCCGCUGGGGGCAGCGCUGGGGGCGCCGUGCAGCCCUGGGCCGGCCGAAGAGUGCCGUGAUUCAGCAGAAGAUGUUGUGAUUUUCUGCUGUCAGCCUUCGCCUCUGGGUGGGACUCUGCCCGUUUUGUGUAUGCCGUUAUUGUUACUGUAAAUAUUUUAUCUUUCAUUUUAUAUUUGCCUUCUAUUUAAGAUAUUGUAUGAACGUAGUCAGGCUCCUCUGUUUGCGCCAGCGGCUCCCGGCUGUGUUUUUAAAUAAAGCUGGCACAGGACAGCA